AUGGUGGCUUUUGUUCCGCGGACUGCUGCGUGGGCCCCUUCCAACCCCUUCCAGAGCGACGGGACGAACCUCAGCGACGCGAGGCAGCGAUGGAGGCCCAUCCCCGCAGAAGCACCACAAGAAGUGGUGCGGCUGGAGUGUAAACUGGUGACUGGAGUGAAAGCCCUGUUUGCAGUAGAAACGACUGGCAAAGGCCUGACUCUUGCUCUCUGGGAUUUUGAGUCGCAAGAUGUGACCUACUACGACUUUGGCAAGACCAGUGUUUACGUGGACGGCAGGGACGAGGUGCCGUUGUGUCUGCUGCUGACAGAGCGCGGUCUCUCCUUAGUUCUGUUCGGUUUGACUCAGGAAGAGUUUUUGAAUAGACUGAUGAUCUAUGGCAGCGCGGGAGUCGUAGAUUCUGUUUGUCACCUCAACGGAUGGGAACGGUGUUCGAUCCCAAUACACGCGCUAGAGGCAGGUUUGGAAAAUCGUCAGCUAGACACAGUGGACUUGUUUUUAAAAAGCAAAGAAAGUCUUUUCAAUCUGUCUGCACCCCGCGCUGGACCUGAACAGUCUGCUGAUAGCGCGUCCCGGUCUUACCUGAGAAAUUUGGAAGAGCUGAGACCAGCUUUAAACUUGCUUUGCUCAGCAAUCAGAGAAAAUGACCUGGAGCCUCACAGUAAACACUUCUCUGAGCAGCUGCUAAACCUCACGUUGACUUUCCUUAGCAAACAACUUGAAGAAAUUUUUGUGCACACGGAAGAACCUGAUGAAUUCCUGCAGAAGGGUGCAGAUAUUUUAACUGAUUACAUUAUUAAACUCAGAAAGUUUCUGAGAAAAUACCCUCGACCCCAAAUACACACAGUACCCACAGGGAGUGAUCUUGAGGAAGAGCUGCCUGCGUUAGAAGAAAGCCACCGGUGGGAAAAACUGACAGCAGAGGAAGUCAUCGCUGAGGCCAUCUUGAGCAACAAAAUGCCAGAGGCCCAGACCUUCUUCCGGAUGCAUCAGCAUCCUGCUCAAAGUCUUCAGGAAUUUAUUCAGACAGGUUUGAACCUGGUCUAUGACCACCUUCUGAAGGAGAAUACCAAAGAGGCCUCGGAACUUUUAAGAAACAUGGGCUUUGAUGUGAAGGAGGAGCUGCGUAAGAUAUGUUUCUACACCGUUGAUAGGCGUGUGCGAGACCUGUUGGUGAAAGUUUUACAAGAAGAAAAUUAUUUUUCUGAAAAAGAGAAGAAAAUGAUAGACUUUGUGCAUCAGGUUGAAAUCUUUUACUCGGAAUCCUUCCAAGAAAAUAAAGAGAUUCAGUCUCUUUCCAGUUUCAAGAACUGGAGAAGGGAACAAGACUUCUCCAGACAUACGGCCGUUCUGGACUCGUUGAAUUGUGACGGACAUCAGCUUCACAACAGGAGAGUCAGGGUGAUGUUUGACUGGGCCCAGUGGUGGGAUGAGUCUGUUCGGGAAAUGAUUCUUCUCCCCAGAAGGCCACGCCAAGAACUCAAGACCUGUAAUCCUGAGGUUCUUUGGAUGCACUUGACGGCCCAGCACGAUUGGCUCAGUAUCUGUGCCUGGAUUGAGGAGUCUGAGCCCAGCCAGGCUCCGUGUGGACAAGCCAACUGGCCCCCUCUCAGCCCAGCCGUCGUGGACCGGCACACGUCCUGCAGCAGCUAUCUGAGAAACGACAUCCUCAACAAGCUGGCCAGGAAUGGAGUUUUUGUCUGUUCUGAGUUGGAAGAUUUUGAACUGCUGCUGCAAAGACUGUCUUACCUUGGGGGCGUACUGCAGCAUCCUCACCCUGUUCCCAAAUACAGUGCUGCGACUGGUUUGGACUUCCACGCUCGUUUUGUCCUUCACUGUUUAGAGCAUAAUUUGCAGUACUUGUUAUACACUUACUUAGACUAUUACAGUUUGACUCCUUCAAAUUGCCCCGUUUUGGAUGACAAGGAGCUGCACGAAGCGCAUCCCUGGUUUGAAUUCCUCGUGCAGUGUCGAGGGGUUGCCAGUAAUCCACGAGAUCCAAAGAUGAUUUUUCAGGCUAGUCUGGCAAAUGCUCAGAUCUUGAUUCCUAGUAACCAAGCCAGUGUGAGCAGCAUGCUGCUGGAAGGACGUACGCUCUUAGCACUUGCUACUACCAUGUACGCGCCUGGAGGCAUCGAUCAGGUUCUUCAGAGUGAAGAUACGGAAAAACCUCUAAAGAAAGUUGACCCACAGCUCUUAAAAAUGGCAUUGACCCCUUACCCCAAGCUCAAAGCUGCUUGUACGUCUCAUGGAAUUUUGCCGCCCGACAUCUCUCUUUACCAUCUUGUUCAGUCAUUAGAGCCCUUUGAUCCCACUAAAUUAUUUGGCUGGCAGUCCACAAAUACUCUUGCUGUCUCAGAUGCGUCAAGUGACUUUCCUCAUUUUUCAUCCCCCGAACUGGUGAACAAAUACGCUGUAAUGGAACGACUGGAUUUUUUGUACUAUUUGCACCAUGGACGUCCAUCGUUCGCUUUUGGUACAUUCUUGGUCCAGCAGUUAGUCAAGAGCAAAUCCCCCAAACAGCUGGUUCAGCAAGCAGGAAAGGAAGCCUGUGGUUUAGCUCUUUCUCUCUUCAGCGUGCCGUCAGUAGGAGCAGCCUGUGUGUGUUUUCUGGAGUUGCUCGGUCUGGACAGCCUCACGCUCAGGGUCGAUAUUAAAGUUGCAAACAUGAUUUUCAGUUACAGAACUAGAAAUGAAGAGUCUCAGCACAAUCAGAUAAGGGAAUCUUUGGUUGAAAAGUUAACAAAAUUGGCUGAUGGUGAAAAAGCAGCAGCAGAAGAAGUUCUUGUCUCCUUAGAAGAAGCCUUUUGGGAUGCAGUUGAACAUCAAGGAAUAAAGAAGACGUGCAGUGACUCCAGAAGGCAGUGGUCUUUGGUAAUGCAGUUCUGUAAGCUCCAUCAGAUCGGACGGAGUACCUCUUACCUGAAGGAAUGCGCCAAAUCCAACGACUGGCUGCAGUUCGUCAUCCAGAGCCAGCUGUACAGCUACCAGCCGGAUGAGGUCGUUUCUAUCCUUCAAGAUUUCACUCCCGUUUUACAAGACCACUUGAUGUUGGCGUUGGAGAAGUUACCCUUUCCGUGUGCUGAUGCAGGGAGGCCUGGAGGCAGCGCUGCCCGCGUGCUCGAGAGCAAAGACGCAGAUAGUCUCUUUCAGAUCCUUUUCCGGUGUCAGGGGAACGCCAACCCUUCACGUUACCUUUUGGCCGAAGGGCUGAGAGAGCACGCUCCCGUUCUGAGUGUUUUAGCCACGUGUUUCCAAGAUGCAAACAUUAUUCAUUGUCUCUGUGUUUGGAUAAUCACUACUGGGGAUGAUACUGCCAGAGCUGAGGCCACAGCCCAUAUUGAAAGCUCGGCAGAAGAUCACGUUUGGGAUCUUCAUGACCUGUCAGUUAUCUGGAGAGUCUUUUUGAGAAAGCAAAAAAGCAAAACACUUCUAAAUGGCUUCCAGCUCUUUUUAAAGGAUUCCCCCGUGCUGUAUAUACUGGAGAUGUAUGAACUAUGUAUGAACUGUAAAAAAUACAGUGAAGCUCAAACCAAACUGGACAAGUUUCAGGAGAGUCUCACAAAACUGAAAACUGAAGGUGAACCAGCAGCUUCAGACUUACCUGUGCCAUGGCUGGAGUCACAAGCGUUGUUUCUUCUUGAGCUGAUGAUGCAGCAGUGUAGGACGGAGUAUGAAUUGGGAAAGCUCUUACGGCUGUUUGCUGCGGCAGAUGAUCUCCUACUCGAUGGCCCUUACGUGAAGAAACUCUGUGCACUCAGCGAGACCCUGAAGGAUUCCUCCAUACCGAUUAAUCGCUCCAUCCUCACCAGUUCCAGUAUGGAGACGUUUCAGGGUGAGUGCAGAUCGAUUCUGGAGCAGCUGCAGGAGAAAGGAAUGUUCUCGCUGGCUCGGGAGGUCGCAGCCCUAGCUGAGCUGCCCGUGGACAACGUGGUUACACAAGAGGUUCUAAGAGAUCUACAUCGUUUAAGAGACACUGGACAGUGGCAUCAAAACCAGACGAGAAUUGGAUUCUGGAAGAAAUGUCAUGACAACUUCAUGAAAAAUUCAGUCUCCAGCAAAGCUGCGUCUGAGUUUUUUUUUGAUCAGGCAAACGCAGUAUUUGAACCUUCAGCUCCUGAGAAGAUAAACAGCAUUAUGGAGAGACAUUUGUUGCUUACCCUGGCUGGCCAUUGGCUAGCCAAGAGUGACUCGGUGUCGCUGCACAGGUUAGAAGAGAUAGAGAAGCAGAUCUGGAUCUGUCGCAUCGCACAACAAACGUUAUCCGCAGAUGAGGGGUCAGGCAGCUCAAGAUUUUCCUCCCAAGCGGUAGCGAGCAGGGAUCCUACCUUUGAUAACUUAGCUAAGGAGUUUGCUUUUUCAAAGCUACCUGCUCUGAACACCCCAAAGUACCUAAAACUAGAGGGUCUUGCAUGCAGGGAGUCUCAGCAGACCUUGACUAACGCUGAGGAGGAAUCGCUCCAGUUUCUGAUCGGAUGCCUUCUCGAUGAAGGAAGCGUGCAUGAAGCCAGCCGCGUUUGUCAGUAUUUCCACUUGUACAACAGAGAUGUUUCACUGGUGUUGCACUGCAGGGCUCUGGCCUCAGGGGAGACUGAUCUAGGCAAAUCUCACACGGAUAUUCAGACUCUCCUUGUAGCCGGAGAGAAGGCAACUGAAAGCAGCGCGUCUCAGCCAAGCCGAGUCCCAAGCGCCUCAAGCUUAGAAGACUGGAUGCACGUUGUGGCUCCAUCUCUAGAUGAUCAGGUCGUUACCAGUCUGAAGGCUCUCAUAGAUGAAUGUGUCCAUGGGAGAAACUACUGCAGACAGGUUCUCUGUUUAUACGAGCUUUCUAAGGAAUUGAACUGCCCCUACAGCGAAAUCUCAGCCCACGACCCCGAGAAGGUGCUUCGGGCGAUUCUGUCGUCCCGUCAGCUGGACCGGGGCAGGAAAGCUCAGGCGUUCAUCACCACGCAGGGUCUCCGGCCUGAAACUGUGGCAGAGCUAGUGGCUGAAGAAAUCACGCAGGAACUAUUGGCAUCUUCAGAAGGGAAAGGACAGAAACAGGUUUCGAACCCUGCAGCUGAGAGUCAGGCAUUCCCGCAGCUUGCCAAGCUGUGCCAGGAUCACACGCUGGUUGGCCUGAAGUUACUGGAUAAAAUUGCCUCUGUACCACGUGGGGAGCUGUCAUGCAUUACAGAAUUGCUGAUUUUGGCCCAUAAUUGCUUUAGUCUGACUUGCCACAUGGAAGGAAUCACCAGAGUCCUCCAAGCAGCACGGCUUCUCACGGAUGAGCAUUUGGCUCCUAACGAGGAGUACGGCCUCGUGGUUCGUCUUCUCACUGGAAUCGGCAGAUACAAUGAAAUGACUUACAUCUUUGAGCUGCUGCAUGAGAAACACUACUUCGAAGUGCUCAUGAGAAAGAAAUUGGACUCGAGCGGGACGUUGAAGACAGCCCUGCUGGACUACAUCAAGCGCUGUCGCCCAGGGGACAGCGAGAAGCACAACAUGAUAGCCCUCUGCUUCAGUAUGUGCCGAGAAAUUGGAGAGAAUCACGAGGCUGCUGCCUGCAUACAGCUCAAACUGAUCGAAUCUCAGCCGUGGGAGGAGUCUCUUCAGGAUGUUCCAAAUCUAAAGAAGCUGCUGAUGAAAGCUCUGACGCUCUUCAUUGAUGCAGCAGAAAGUUAUUCUAAGGACUCCUGUGUGCGCCAGGCCCUGCGCUGCAGCCGGCUAACGAAGCUCAUCACCCUCCAGCUGCACUUCCUCAGCACUGGCCAGAGCACGAUGCUGAUCAACCUGAGCAGGCAGAACCUCAUGGACUCCAUCAUGGCCUUGCCUAGAUUCUAUCAGGCGGCUAUCGUGGCUGAGGCUUACGAGUUUGUUCCAGAUUGGGCUGAAGUUCUGUAUCAACAAGUGAUCACCAAGGGAGACUUCACUUACUUCGAAGAGUUCAAACAGCAACGACCGCUGAAGCCGAGCAUAUUUGAGGAAAUUGCUAAGAAAGUUAAACAACACCCACCUACCGAUGCUGCUCUGAAGAAUCUGAAGAAGCUGCUGGCUCACUGUGAAGACAUCUACACGUACUACAGGCUGGCUUACGACCACAAGUUCUACGACGUGGUAAACGCGCUCCUGAAGGACGCACAGACUGGCUGCUGCCUUAACGAUAUGUUAUCAAACUAG